AUGUUAAACCCAAAUUACAAUCCAUACCCAUUUGCAUCUGAGGCUUUAGGGUAUGCACUCACAUCUUGGACUGUUCUGUCGAGCUUGACCCAGAAAGCCAGUUUUGAUGAGGAGUUGAGAAGUAAGGAAAAAGAGAAAAAUACUUUUGAGCCUAAUCCAGAAUAUUGGUGGCCCUCAUUUGUAGGGACAAGUAUUAAUAAGAAUGAUGCUGAGUUUGGCACCGCGGGAGAAAAGACUAACGAAAAGAAAGAUGUCACAUCUUGGAUUCUUUCGAGCCCAACCCAGAAGACCAGUUUUGAUGAGGAGUUGAAAAAUAAGGGAAAAGAAAAAAAUACUUUCGAGCCUGACCCAGAAUUUUUGCGGCCCCCACUUGUGGGGACAAGUAUUAAUAAGAAUAAUGCCGAGUUUGGUACCAUGGGAGAAAAGACUAACGAGAAGAAUGAUGUAAAUAAGGUUAUUGAAAUUUCUGACGAUGAAGAAGAGGUUGAUAAUGGAAAAAGGAAAAAGUCUUUAAUGGAGGAAGAGAAAUUAGUUGAAAGUAAUGGUGAGGAAGUGGAUAAAGAAGAAGAUCAUUUCAAGAAGAAGAGGAUAAAAAUGAUGGCAAAGAGUUUAAAUAAGGUUCUAGGAAAAGGGAACAAAGUCGACAUGAAUGAAAUUGAGUUUGUAAUUACGGAAGAUAAUAAUGUCGUGUCUGAAAUUGUUGGAACACAAAUUAACGAUAAUAGUGUUGAGCCUGAAAUUGCGGAAGGAAAGACUCACGAGAAUGGUAAUGUGAGUGAAAUGACUGACAUUAAGUUUGGAGCUGUGGAAGAUAAUAAUGUCGUGUCUGAAAUUGUUGGAACACAAAUUAACGAUAAUAGUGUUGAGUUUGAAAUUGCAGAAGGAAAGACUCACGAAAAUAGUAAUGUGGGUGAAAUGACUGACAUUGAGUUUGGAGUUGUGGAAGAUAAUAAUGUCGUGUCUGAAAUUGUGGGAACACAAAUUAAUGAUAAUAGUGUUGAGUCUGAAAUUGCGGAAGGAAAGACUCACGAGAAUGGUAAUAUGGGUGAAAUGACUGACAUUGAGUUUGGAGUUGUGGAAGAUAAUAAUGUGGAGUCUGGAAUUGUUGGAAUAAAAACUAACGGCAAUAGUGUUGAGUCUGAAAUUGUGGAAGAAAAAACUGGCGAGAAUAGUAAUGUGGGUGAAACGACUAAUAAUAAUAUCGAAGAUAAAUCCAUGGAAGAUGAUGAUUUUGAUGAAUAUCUAAGAGAGGAUAUCUACGAUGAAAUGAAGAAAUUUUAUAAUAUCGAUUACUUUUGA